GAUGAGCAUUAUUUAUCAUAUCCUUUUACUAAAAAGAAAGCCAUCACAGUAUUUGAAUGCGAUUACGAGCGUUUAAACGAAGAUAAUUACUUGAAUGAUACCCUGAUUGAUAUCUUCCCAAAGAUUUGGCAUGAUGAUUACCCUCAGAACUCUGACGAUAUACAUACUUUUAGCUCCUUUUUUUUUACAAAAUUACAUACGCGAUACGGUCAGAUUGAUUAUGAUAAGGUUCGCCGAUGGACUUCUGAAUUGGAUAUUUUCAAAAAGCGUCUAUUAGUAGUCCCCAUCAACCAA